AAACUUUGUUUGACCCUGACGUGUGUAAAUGAUUACAUUGGGCUGCCGCGACUGAAGUUCGAACUUUGUACCGACCCAGCGCGCUUAAGGCGGUGACAAUAAAACAGACGUCACAGUGCCAAGAAAGCAACGUGUACGUACUCCACAAGUUCCGUGUGUAACUUAACGUCAUUACUGCCAUUCAAGGUCAAGGUCAAGGUGAAACUAUGGAGCAAAAUGUCUGCAACAAGGGGCCAGCAUCUGAAGGAGAGGUCACACAGAGUUUACGGCCUACAUCUACCAGGCGGAUCUGGAAAAACCUCAUCGUGUUAGCUGUCGUCUUCCUGGUGAACUUCACGGCGUUUCGGGCCCUGCAGAACCUCCAGAGCACGCUGAACAGCGAGGCCGGGCUCGGUGUGGUGUCGCUGAGCUGUGUGUACGCCAGUAUGGUGCUGUCCUGCCUGUACGCGCCAUUUUUCAUUCACAAGGUCGGAUCGUGCAAAUGGACUGUUGUCGUCUGUUUUUUCGGACAUAUUUUGUACACGGGCUCCAAUUUCUACCCAUCCUGGUUCACUCUGAUACCAUCUUCAAUCUUGCUCGGGGCCAUUUCAGGUCCGCUAUGGACGGCUCAGAUCACCUACUUGACAAGUUCCGCUCAGGAGUAUGCCAAACUAGUACAACAUGACAACACAGAGGGUGACAUCGCCAAGUUCAACGGUGUCUUCUAUUUCAUCUUCGAGUUGGCGGGACUCAGUGGGAAUCUUAUUUCCUCCUUGGUACUCUCUGUAGGAAAACAAGACAUCGGGAAGGGAGAGUUCUGCGGCGCGAUGGAUUGUGGGGUUCGUCCUGAAGCAAAAAACUGGACUUACUAUGUCACCAACUCAAGCACGCCUCCCAUGAUAAGUAAUAACAAUUCAACAACCGAAAUUACAGACGAAAAGCAGCAGGUCAUAGUUUACACGCUUUUCGGAGUCUUCCUUGCGUGCAACAUCUUAGCGGCGCUGAUUGCAGGACUAUGUCUGGACAAGGAUGUCAAAAACUUGCAGCUGGCGUCGUCUGAGCCAGUGCGGGUGUCCCAACUUCUACUGCGCACAGUACGGGUGUUUAAGGACAUCGACUAUGUGCUCCUCAUGCCACUUCUGGUGAUUAUUGGGAUGUCCGAAGCCAUCGUGGCAGGAGAGGUCACCAAGUCGUACGUCAGCUGUGUCCUGGGCGUACAGAUGGUUGGGUACGUCAUGGUGUCCUUCAGCGUCACCAGCGGUGUCUUCUCCCCGCUGUUCGGACAUCUGAGUAAGUACACCGGCACCAGGAUUCUCACCAUCGCAGCAGUGGUGGCCAACGCCGUCCUGCUCAUUUACAUGUUGCUAUGGCAACCAGAUGAGGACUCUCUCGCGAGGAUCCUUUCUGUGGCUGGAGGAUGGGGCGUGGUCAGGGCGGUCUGGCACACCCAGCUGUACGCUGUACUUGGCGCCACGUUUCCUACCAACCAAGAGGCUGUCUUUGCCAACACCAAGAUGACCCAGAGUGUCGGCAACAUGCUGGUGUUCGCCUACAGCGCGGCUCUGUGCAUGGACGUCAAACUGUACAUCUACAUAGCCGUGCUGGCGGUAGGCACGGUGGGGUACGGGGCGCUGGAGUGGAAAACGCGCGACAAGAACAGUCCGAGAGCUGAUACAUUGGGAAGUACGGUAGAUCGGGGGAAAGGCUGUGAUGCCGCUCUGGAAAGAUGGGACCUUAUGGAAAGGGAAACGUCGAUAUAA